AUGUUGUUGAUGCGAUGUUGUACUAUCGAUAGCUCGGACAGAGAGCUGAUGAGUCUGCUUCGCCGACUCGAAUCAGUUACAAAAGGUGAUGAAGCUAAAGAGAUCAUAUUUCGACGAGCCAAAGCGUCGGAUAGUCUCGGCUUCCAUCUAGAAGAUGAGGGUGUUGUGACCGAUGUGGAGAUGUACCAGACGGCCUGGAAGUCGGGUUUAAGGCAAGGAUCACGAAUUGUUGAGGUAUUUUGCACGAAUUGA